GGCGGAGCACCGGGGCGGGGGCGGGGCGUGGCCGCCGGCUGCCGGGCGCCGAGUGCGGCUGUUCCGUGGUGAGGUGGCCAGUCCCCGGCCCCGCGGCCCGGUCCCGCGCCAUGCCCGCCCCGGACCCGGGCGCCUCGCCUCUCUGAGCCGCUCGGGAGGCCGUGGGGGAGGCCAUGGCGGAGCCCUCGGAGGCGGCGAGCGUGGCGUCGGCGGGCGGCGCCAAGCUGGAGCCCCAGGAGGACUCGGAGGAGCUGGAGCCGCUGCUGCCGCGCCUCGCCUGGGCCCCCCCGCGGAAGGGCGCCCCGGGGAACGCCGUGAGGCUGGUGGACGCCGCCGGGGAGCCCGACGCGGCCUCCCUGCACGGCUCCGGCGACCGGGACCUGCUGCUGCCGCCACCGUCGCCGCCGCCCGCGCCGGGCUGGAGGAGCCCGCGCAGCGCGCCCGGCCUCCCGCGCCCCAAGCGCAGCCACGUCUCAGAGUUGAAUACGUUUUCGGAUGAUGCAGAAUUUGCUGCUAUUGUAUUGAAAGCAGAGCAAGCAAUAGAAUUUGGAGUUUUUCCAGAAAGAAUCUCUCAAGGUUCAAGUGGAAGUUACUUUGUGAAGGAUCCUAAGAGGGCAGUUCUUGGGGUGUUUAAGCCCAAGUCGGAGGAACCUUAUGGAAACCUGAAUCCCAAAUGGACCAAAUACGUGCACAAGGUCUGCUGCCCCUGCUGCUUCGGCCGGGGCUGCCUGAUCCCCAACCAGGGCUACCUGUCCGAAGUUGCCGCCUCCCUGGUCGACGAGAAGCUCCACCUGGGCGUCGUGCCGAAAACCAGGGUGGUUUGGCUUGUCAGUGAGACAUUUAAUUAUAGCGCAAUUGACCGUGCAAAAUCAAGAGGCAAGAAGUAUGCUUUACAGAAGGUGCCCAAAGUGGGUAGGAAAUUUCAUCGCAUUGGACUUCCUCCUAAGGUUGGUUCCUUUCAGUUAUUUGUGGAAGGUUACAAGGAGGCCGAAUAUUGGCUGAGGAAAUUUGAAGCUGACCCUUUGCCGGAGAAUACUAGAAAAGAGUUUCAGUCACAGUUUGAAAGAUUGGUGGUUUUGGAUUACAUCAUCAGAAACACAGACAGGGGAAACGAUAAUUGGUUAAUCAAAUAUGAGAAGCAGAAGCUUAAUAUUCAGGAGACAAAAUCAGUUGAGAAAGAACAACUUAUUAAAAUAGCUGCAAUUGACAACGGUCUAGCUUUUCCUUUUAAACAUCCUGAUGAGUGGAGAACAUAUCCAUUUCACUGGGCUUGGCUUCCUCAAGCAAAGGUUCCUUUUUCAGAAGAAACAAAAAACCUGAUUCUACCCUGUAUUUCUGACAUGAACUUUGUGCAAGAUCUAUGUGAAGAUCUUUAUGAACUUUUUAAGAUGGAUCCAGGAUUUGACAAAGCCAGUUUCGAAAGUCAGAUGUCUGUGAUGCGGGGACAGAUCUUAAACCUCACCCAGGCCCUGCGCGACGGGAAGAGCCCGGUGCAGCUGGUGCAGAUGCCCUGCGUGGUGGUGGAGCGCAGCAAGGGCAGCGGCCAGGGCCGCGUGGUCCACCUGAGCGGCUCCUUCACCCAGACCGUGCACUGCCGGAAGCCCUUCUUCUCCUCCUGGUAGGGCCGGGGCCGGGAGGGGCCGGCGGCGCCCUCCCUCCUGCCCCUGCCCCUGCCCCUGCCCCUGCCUCUGCGUGCUGAGCCCGAGCCUCAGCCCGUCUCAUCCCAGCUUGUAUCUGAGAGGAAGCACAAGUUUACAGGGGCACUUGCAGUUUUUUUUCUGUCCAAAAUAUUAAAUUUAUUUCAGGGAUGAAGUAUUGUAUCUUCUAUAUUGUAUUUUUCUAGGAAAAAUUGUAUUUUUUAUUAUUAAAAGUUAUUGAUGCCAGUUAAAAAGCUAACCUAAUGGUUUACACGUUUUUGAAAUAACUGUAAUGAUUAUUUUUAGAAUUCCAGGUAGAAAAUGAGGUAUUUUUGUGGACUUUGAAUAUGAUUUUCGUAUUUUUUUAAACAUUGAGAAGAACGGAAAGGCUCUUCUUGCAUUACAAAAGGCUGUUUGUACAAAAGAGAGUACAGCUGCUCUUGGAACUUUUGUACUUCCUAGAAAAUCAAGAAUAAUGCCAUGUUGCCUUAAUUUUUAAAAGCUGCUAUUUUAGAACUUGAAUAAAUGUCCCUAAAGUGCCGAUUGCUGGAGGUCACGGACUAUUUUCUUUCUUCAUCGAUUUGCUCGAGCAGGCCCAGUAACAUCUCCAUUUUGAGACUUGUUACUGUGUUUGGCAUAUCGAAUACCAUCAUGGGUAGCUUGCCAGGCUUUGCCACGUGGGCGAGAUACUCUCGAUAGCUUGCUGGGCACUCUGAGAGUGAAAUUUCCCUUUGGAGAUAGGAUAGCUCAAAGGGCUUGUCACACACUCUGCAUGCAGGAGACCACAGUCGGUCCCUG